AUGCCCACUUACCUGUGUCACGGAUUCCGGUGGCAUCGCAGGAGCAUCCGCUUCUUUGUCAUCAUCUACGACCUGCUCGAUGCGGCGCCGGACUGGAUCGUCGGCCGGGGCUCGUCGGCAGCAAUACUGGAGCACUUCUACGAGAGAUAUGAAUUUCUACCCCGGCCGCCCUCCUUUAGAGAGCUCUCCGAGCCGCCUGUAGGGCAUCCCGGGGGCCCCGCAGAUGAGAGGACUGGGGACGAGAGCGAGGACGACGAUGACGAUUGCACCGCACGCCUCGAUCAGGACCCCGUACUAAUAAAUGAUGAGUGGUCUGUCGUGAAGCUCCUGGAGGAAUACGACCCCCGUGAGACCGUGGAGCCGUGUCGGCCAUAUGCAUAUGUUGCCGACUAUGCUGUUCGGGUGGAGCUCAGCGCCGGUGUGACAGAGGAGAUCGCUCGUUAUGAGCGGAUAGCCAACGAGAGAGGCGAUGACUCUUGGUUUGAGAAACUGAGGGACGCCCUGGAGAAGGACGAGGAGAUUGGAUGGUUCGUUGUAGUGAACGGGAUCGAGGAUGAUAUUGUCGAGGCGGAACGCCAGAUGAGAAUGACUGAGCAGAUACCCGGCCAGUCCCACGUUAAUGAGUCUGAUGAGAAAAUGGAGCAGGGAGGGAUUGACACGAAUCACGACAGCAUAGAUGAUACGGAGAAACAGCAGGAUAUGAAGAGGCCAUCAUCGAGGAUGAAACAGCUCAAAGAUAUCGGUUUUCAAAAAUGA